AAUAACGCGGUUUCUAUGGAAAAAGAAGUUUUAUCAAUCUUUCAAACUAUUCGUAGACUUUAUAUAUCUUUUUAUUUAUUAUUUUAUAAUUUUUUACAAUGUCCGGCACAGGAAAAUUCAAAAGUAAGGCCGGAAAACCCAAAGUCGCAUCAGGCGAUCACACUCCAGAUCAAUGCAAUCACCAGAUAAACGGUAAAUUCAUCCACUAUAAGCCGAAAACCGCAUACGAGGGCAAGGAAAUGGUGCUCUCGAUCGAGAAUUGCGGUACUCGAAGCUUAUUAGUACCAAACAGAUACCCCAUAGACACGCCGGCAAUAUUGCCCAAGUCGGAAUUCGACAGGCUCAAGCAGAAAGCCAAAGUUUUAACGUUAGAAGACCGCAUGCGAAUGCUGGACGAAGCGGAAGAAGAGAAAAACAGGGCUGUGAUGGAGAGUACCGCGCGCAAAGAGGAACUUUUGCGCAUCCAGAUGCCCCAAAAGAAAGGCACGGGCAGCAAACUGGAGUCGGUCGAAUCGGAGGCAGCAAAAAAGAACUUGUACUUGCUGCAACGAUCCCAGGAACUGAUCAUCGAGCAGGACGAGCGCGUUAAGCAAGCCAAUGGGAUGAUUUUGGCCACCAAGUGUCGAGCCAUUAGAAAUGCGCAGAUUGCUGAGAAAAAACUCAUUGAGCGUCAGUUGAAGGAGGAGGAGCAAAGGUUAGAUAAGAUGAUGGAACAGCAACGUCAAAUUAAAAUAAGAACAGAAGAAAGAAAGCUGGAAGAAGAGGAAUAUCGGAAACAAAGGUAUGUCAAAGAAGUGAUGCAACAAAUGAAAGAAAACGAGCUAGAGCGCCUUCUAGAAGCAGAGAAAAUCGAGGAAGAAAGCCGAAUGCUGAACAAGGCCCUGAUCGAGCUCCAAAAAGAGGACGAAAAACGCGAAGAAGAGCGUAAACAACUCCAGAUCAAGAUGAGGGACGAAUUCAAGAAAGCCAACGAAGAAACCCAACAAUACCGCCGCCUCAAAGCCGAAGAACAACGAAUUGCUGACUUGCGAGUGCAAGAAUUCAUGCGCCAAAAGGCCGAAAGGGACGAUAUGAUCGAAAAGGAAAAACUGCUGGUUAAGACAGCCAAAGAAAAAGAAAUAGCCCGUCUAAGAUCGAUGCAAGAGAAGAGCCAAGACCUCCAAGCGGCUCUGGACGAACUAAACGCUCUAAGGGCUCAAGAAGAGAAAGAAAGAGAGUGGAGGGAACAAGAAAAGGAAGUCGCCCUUCGCAAAGCCAGAAUCGCGAAAGAGCUUGAGGAAGCCAGGGCGAAACAGGUGGAGGAUAUUAGGAAGACGCAAGCAAGAGCUCUGGCAAGGGAUGAGGAAGAUUUCAAGAAAGUAGCUUCAGUGCAGCAUGAGCUACACAAAAAAGAGUUAGAGAAGUUGGAGAAGAAGAAGGAGGCCGUGGAGAGACACAGGCUGGAGUUGUUGAAGCAAAUCAACGAAAAAGAAAGAGAGAGGAUCAAUUACCAGCAAGAAAGGUUCGAAGAUGGUAAAGCCCAAAGGAUGGAAUUUGCCUUGAAGGAUAAGAGCGUAGAAGAUUACCUGAAGAAUAAAAUUGAGAAAUUGAGAGAUAGCAAUGUUCCUGAUAAUUACAUCAAAGAUAUCGAGAGGCAGUUGAAACUAGCUGGCAAAGGUUGAAUAAAGCAAAAAGACUUUAUAAUGUUAUUUAGUUAUUGUUUAAUUAUAAAAAUUUAUAUUUC